AUGGAGAGUCCUGACUCCGGCGCGCGGUGCCCGUUGCAAGAGCAGCGUGCCCGCUGGGAGCGGAAACGCGCUUGCACCGCCCGCGAGCUGCUGGAGACUGAGCGACGCUACCAGGAACAGCUGGGUCUGGUGGCUACGUACUUCCUGGGGAUCCUGCGAGCCAAGGGGACCUUGCGACUCCCAGAGCGCCAGGCCCUGUUUGGGCCCUGGGAGCUUAUCUACGGAGCUAGCCAGGAUCUGCUUCCCUACCUGGAAGGAGGGCACUGGGGACAGGGGCUGGAGGGCUUCUGCCCCCACUUGGAGCUCUACACCCAGUAUGCAGCCAAUGCAGAGAGUUCCUGGACCACACUGCAGGAGCAGCUAAAGAAAAACAAACGUUUCCGAAGGUUUGUGCAGCUUCAGGAAGGACGCCCAGAGUUUGGGGGCCUUCAGCUCCAGGACCUGCUCCCUCUGCCUCUGCAGCGGCUCCAGCAGUAUGAAAAUCUCGUUGUUGCCUUGGCCGAAAACACAGGUCCCAACAGCCCUGACCACCAACAGCUUACGCGGGCUGCCCGGCUGAUAAGUGAGACUGCCCAGCGGGUCCACACUAUUGGGCAGAGACAGAAGAAUGACCAGCACCUCCGGCGUGUCCAGGCACUGCUCAGUGGCCGCCAGGCAAAGGGGCUUACCACAGGGCGCUGGUUCCUACGUCAGGGCUGGCUGCUGGUGGUGCCUCCCCGAGGGGAGCCUCGGCCUCGCAUGUUCUUCCUCUUCACUGAUGUGCUCCUGAUGGCCAAGCCUCGACCCCCAUUGCAUCUGUUGCAGAGUGGCAGCUUUGCCUGCCGGGCCCUCUACCCCAUGGCCCAGUGUCAACUCCACAGGGUCUUUGGCCACUCAGGAGGCCCUUGUGGUGGACUGCUCAGUCUGUCCUUCCCCCGUGAGAAGCUACUGCUUAUGUCCACAGACCAGGAGGAGCUAUCACGCUGGUACCACAGUCUGACUUUGGCCAUCAGCAGCCAGAAGAACUAGAAGACUCUACAAACUCCAGAACCCAGAAUGCCUCAAGGAUAGGUCAGAGCCAGGAGUACAAAGGAAUCCUCUUCAGUGCUAAAACACUGACGCGUUUAGUGGUUUGAGAAGGGUCAUUUUG